AUGGACGUGGACGUGGACGUGGACGUGGACGUGGACGUGGACGUGGAGGACGUGGACGUGGACGAAGACGUGGACGUGGAGGACGUGGACGUGGACAUGGACGUGAACGUGGACGUGGACGUGGAGGACUUGGACGUGGACGUGGACGUGGAGGACGUGGACGUGGACGUGGACGUGGAUGUGGAGAACGUGGACGUGGACAUGGACGUGAACGUGGACGUGAACGUGGACGUGGAGGACUUGGACGUGCACGUGGACGUGGACGUGGAGGACGUGGACAUGGACGUGGACGUGGACGUGGACGUGGAGAUGGUCGUGGACAUGGACAUGAACAUGGACAUGGACGUGGACGUGGACGUGGUCGUGGACGUAGACGUGGACGUGGACGUGGACGUGGUCGUGGACGUGGACGUGGUCGUGGACGUGGUCGUGGACGUGGACGUGGACGUGGACGUGGACGUGGACGUGGACGUGGACGUGGACGUGGACGUGGAGUGGACGUGGACGUGGACGUGGACGUGGACGUGGACGUGGACGUGGAGUGGACGUGGACGUGGACGUGGACGUGGAGGUGGACGUGGACGUGGAGGUGGACGUGGACGUGGACGUGGAGGUGGACGUGGACGUGGACGUGGACGUGGACGUGGACGUGGACAUGGACGUGGAGGUGGACGUGGAGGUGGACGUGGAGAACUUGGACAUGGACAUGGACUGGACGUGGACGUGGACGUGGACGUGGACGUGGACGUGGACGUAGACGUGGACGUGGACGUGGACGUGGACAUGGACGUGGACGUGGACGUGGACGUAGACGUGGACGUGGACGUAGACGUAGACGUGGACGUGCACGUGGACAUGGACGAGGACGUGGACGAGGACGUGGACGUGGAGGACGUGGACAUGGAUGUGGACGUGGACGUGGACGUAGAGAACUUGGACAUGGACAUGGACGUGAACGUGGACGUGGACGUGGACGUGGAGGACUUGGACGUGGACAUGGACGACGUGGACGUGGACAUGGAGGUGGACGUGGACGUGGACGUGGACGUGGACGUGGACGUGGACGUGGACGUGGAGGACGUGGACGUGGACGUGGACGUGGAGGACGUGGACGUGGACGUGGACGUGGAGGACUUGGACGUGGACGUGGACGUGGAGGACGUGGACGUGGACGUGGACGUGGACGUGGAGAACGUGGACGUGGACAUGGACGUGAACGUGGACGUGGACGUGGACAUGGAGGACUUGGACGUGCACGUGGACGUGGACGUGGAGGACGUGGACGUGGACGUGGACGUGGACGUGGACGUGGACAUGGUCGUGGACAUGGACAUGAACAUGGACAUGGACGUGGACGUGGACGUGGACGUGGUCGUGGACGUAGACGUGGACGUGGACGUGGACGUGGUCGUGGACGUGGACGUGGACGUGGACAUGGACGUGGACGUGGACGUGGACGUGGAGAUGGACGUGGACGUGGACGUGGAGAUGGACGUGGACGUGGACGUGGACGUGGACGUGGACGUGGAGUGGACGUGGACGUGGACGUGGACGUGGACGUGGACGUGGACGUGGACAUGGACGUGGACGUGGACGUGGACAUUGACGUGGACGUGGACGUUGACGUGGACGUCACAUGGACGUGGACGUGGACGUGACGUGGACGUGGACGUGGACGUGGACGUGGACAUGGACGUGGACGUGGACGUGGACAUGGAGGUGGACGUGGACGUGGACGUGGACAUGGACGUGGACGUGGACGUGGACGUGGACGUGGACGUGGAGGACGUGGACGUGGACGUGGACGUGGACGUGGACGUGGAGGACGUGGACGUGGACAUGGACGUGAACGUGGACGUGGACGUGGACGUGGAGGACUUGGACGUGGACGUGGACGUGGACGUGGAGGACGUGGACGUGGACGUGGACGUGGACGUGGAGAACGUGGAUGUGGACAUGGACGUGAACGUGGACGUGGACGUGGACGUGGAGGACUUGGACGUGGACGUGGACGUGGACGUGAACGUGGACGUGGACGUGGACGUGGAGGACUUGGACGUGGACGUGGACGUGGACAUGGACGUGGAGUUGACGUGGACGUGGACGUGGACGUGGACGUGGAGAACUUGGACGUGGACAUGGACGUGA